AUGUUAGUAUCGCGGAUAACAGCAAGAAGCUCUUCAUUGAUAAAAACCUCGACACUACCCUCAUUAUCAUAUAUCCCAAUACCUAAAGCUUAUUCUACAUACCCAAUAGAUGAAUCUGCCAAAACAAUUAGACAUUUGCAAUUUAAGAACCGCAUACCCUUUGAGAAAGGUCUCAGAAUACAGGAAAAAUUGGCAAGGGUACAAUUGGAUAUGAAGGAUAUACACUCCAAGAUUCAAAAAAAGUUGACUGACUUGCAAAAGGAACAUGUGAAUGCUACUAUCAAUGAGAAUGAAAAGAAAAUUAUUGACAAUAUUCUUGCAAUGAAACCGAAUCCGAUUGUCUUAACAUUCGAGUUUGAACCGACAUAUACUGGUGGUAAGAGAGUUAAGAAGGUGAUAACAAAAGAACAGAUGGCAGCAUUUGAAGAGUUUGUUCCUUUGGAACAGAAGAAGAAUCCCAAACCUAAAUUUGUGCAAGUGGAAAGAGGUGGUCAAAUUACUUUUCAUGGGCCGGGACAGAUGGUAGCCUACAUUAUAAUGGACUUAAAAUCCUUCCAUGAUUAUCCAGCGAAAUGUCUAGUAUCUGAUAUUGAACAGGCCACUAUAAACACUUUGGAAAAUAUCCCAAUUGGGGAGGAGAAACUACAUUUGAAAACCAUGCGAACAGAGAACACAGGUGUUUGGACAAAAACAGGGGGCAAGAUAGCCAGUCUUGGAAUCCAUGUUAGGAGGUCAAUUACUACACAUGGAGUUGCCAUUAAUGUCAAUCCAGACCUCUCUUAUUUAAAUUCGUUUGAAAUGUGCGGUUUAUCAAAUGCAAAGGCAACUUCAAUAAAAGAUCAAGUCCCGGAUGCGAAUAUAACUGUGGAAGAUGUAGCAAUAACGUUUGUGAAAGAAUUAGCCAAGCUUCUGGGUGUGAAAAGGGUAGAGAGAAUGCAAGCAGAUGAUAUUAAUCUGGAUCAAUAG